AAGACGGCAGGUGUAUCUUUCUGAAGCUUCUUUUGAAAACAGGAUGAUUAUUUGGAAGGGACAAAUAGUUGUUCAGUCCAGUCGGUCUUUGCAUUAAAGAAAUUUGCAUGUGGCAUGUGCCUUUGAUUUAUUCACAGUGCUGCAGACAUAAAUCGAAUUGGAGGACCAGUUUUCUUUUAAUAGCAAAAAAGGGAACAUCAAAUAAGAUUGAAAAAAAACCACAAGAAUAUAUAUGAUAUCUAUGAUCAUCAUGCCAGCCUCCAGGUCUGGAACUAGCUGCGAUUACUGGAUAGAUGGAUCUCACAGAGAGAUAGCCUUUGAAGAUUACUAUACAGUGGCACAGGAAUUGGGAAGGGGUGCCACAUCUGUUGUGUACAGAUGUCAAGAAAAACAAACCCAGAAACAAUAUGCUGCAAAAGUCCUGCAGAAAACUAUUGAUAAGAAGAUUGCAAGGACUGAAAUUGGAGUUUUGAUACGACUUUCUCACCCAAAUAUAAUUAAACUAAAGGAAAUCUUUGAGACUCCUGCAGAGAUCAUCCUGAUCCUGGAACUGGUGACUGGUGGGGAACUUUUUGACAGGAUUGUAGAGAAAGGAUAUUACAGUGAGAGGGAUGCAGCUCAUGCUGUUAAACAAAUUCUGGAAGCUGUUGCGUAUUUACAUGAGAAUGGAGUGGUCCAUCGAGACCUUAAACCAGAAAACCUUCUAUAUGCAGAUCUAUCAUCAGAAGCACCACUGAAAAUAGCUGACUUUGGUCUAUCCAAAAUUCUGAACGAGCAGGUUACCAUGAAGACAGUCUGUGGGACUCCUGGAUAUUGUGCACCUGAGAUCCUACGAGGCUGCACCUACGGGCCCGAGGUGGAUAUGUGGUCUGUUGGAGUCAUAACUUACAUCUUACUAUGUGGGUUUGAACCAUUUUUUGAUGCAAGGGGUGACCAGUAUAUGUACAGCAGGAUCUUGAACUGUGACUAUGAAUUUGUCUCCCCCUGGUGGGAUGAUGUGUCUCUAAAUGCAAAAGAUCUGGUCAGAAAACUGAUAGUGCAAGAUCCACAGAAACGGUUAACAGUUCAUCAGGCCUUGCAACACCCUUGGGUGACUGGGAAAGCAGCUAAUAUAGCUCAUAUGGACAACGCUCAGAAGAAAAUGCAAGAAUUUAAUGCGAGGCGCAAACUUAAAGCAGCUGUUAAGGCUGUAGUAGCCUCAAGCCGACUGGGAAAUGCCAGCAAUCACACCCACAGCAAUCACGACAGCGUGAAAGGAAGACACAAUUCUUGUUCCAUCCAAGAGCAGAAUACAGAAAAGGAAAAUGGGCAAGAUUCAUAGCUAAGCUUUUGCAGUUGGUUCCCAAAGACUAUCUUCCUCAUAGAAGAUACGCAAAGAAUGCUGGCAAUGUUCAAUAGCUCAGAACUUUCUUUCCUGGAUUAAUGAUGAUAACAUAUUUUGCAAAAAAAAGAAUUCUGUAAAGUAUGUUCCACGUCAUCUUGUAGUGGAAUGAAUAUGGCAGAUCUUCAAAUCACGUGGGAAGAUUUUAUAUAUAUAUAUAUAUAUUUAUAGUAUUUUAUGUUGUAGUACUCUAUGUAGACUGAUAAUGGUGUAAACUAAUCUAGGAUCACUGCAGUUUUAAAAUACGCAACACAGCAUUUGUAUCCAACCUUCAUUCAGUCCAUUUAUUGGAUAUAAUGUCCACUCUAGUUAAUUUUCAUGGCAGAUGCUUUGACUCACAGGCAAAUGGCAUACAUUGAUUUAAGCAAUUUAAAGGAAAAGGAAACAUGGCCUAUAUCACAAAGCAAUGAAGAUGUUUACUGGGUCAUGUGAAAAUCCUCAGUUCAUCCAAAGAUUUUGAAUGAAUGGAUGUAACAAAAUAAUAAAAGUAGACCAGAGCAGAACAUACAAAACAAUAUUAUACUCCUUUUUUUAAUUAUAAAUUUGCUUUCAUCUAAUAAAUAGGGUACAGUGACAAUGAAAGUAUUAGAUAUCCAAAAUAACAACAAAUAUAGUUGGAAAUCCAUGGUGGGUCAGUACACACUUGAAAAAGAAAGGCAGGCUAUUAUCAGUUAUUCAGUUUUCCCUGUUCUCUCUAGUUCCACAUUACUAAUAUUCUAAAAAUGAACCCCGUGUCCUCUAGAAUCAAGAAUAUACUGCUGUUCAAUACGUAUACAAUAAGAAUGGCCAAGGGACCGUAACGGUAAGUCACUUAAUUGUGUUAGUGUAUCCUGCUAUAUUAUACUUGCUCCAUGCCAUUUCUCUCAUCUUCUGAAAGACUAGAUGAAAAGCAUGCCAGUGAAAUAAGAGCAGUAGUACAAUUAAUUUCAUGACUGCACAUAAUACCAUGAAAAUGUCAACUCUUAUUUAUUUCUUAUCCCUCUUUGAAAUAUCAAAACUGUGCCUAGGAUUUGAGCCUCUCUUCACUUUAUUAUUGUCUUAGGAAAGUGUUUGUUUGUUUCAUUGUUUGAAACUCAAACUUAGCAAUGGAGUCAUAUUUUGUACCCAGAGAUAGAGAAAAGAAAAUCCAAAAGCUUCAUCUCAACUCUUCUCCCAGCUUUCUGCCAGUAUUUAAUCAUAAAACUAUGAAUGAAGAAUAACUUGAUAUGGCUCCCAUGGUAGCUAAUUUAUCUGGUUAGCCACUUGCUGUACCCAAUCCAUAAAAGCAAUCUGACAUUACACAUACAAAUAUUUUGAAGAAACUCUACCUGCCACUGCUAUAUUACUGCCAAGAGAUGGAUGCAGCUACUUUCCACCUGAAAAGAUAAUACAUUUGGUGGAUUCAGUGAGGCGGCAGAUUCUGAGUAACAGUCAGAGAGACAGGUGUCAGUGCUCCCAUUACCUCCCCAGCUCAAGUUCCAAAUUCAGCCCGAAGGUACUGUCUCUCUCUCUCACCAUUCAUGAGAUGCCAUGUAGCCACACUAUUUAAUGGCCAGUACUACUUUCACUGCCUCUGCCCUGCUCCUGGAUUCUCCAUUCCAGGCUCCUUUAGACAUGUGUAAAUUCAGUUUCUAUAGGGCCACCUGUGCAUGUGAUAUCAUUAUGCACAGAAUGGUGUGAAAUCAACUGCUUGUGCUGAUGCAUCCUGGCCGAAGGCCAUGAUAUUGCCAAUACAUGACAUCACCAGGUCUGUUUACAUAUGCCCAGACAGUCAUUUUGAUAGCCAUCUUUGUGUUCAGGCCAAUAACUCUGAAAUAUUUAAUGGAAUUUUUGGGAUACACUAAUGAAGCACCCAUCAGUUAUCUUGGGUAGAAUCUUGCAGGAACCCAAACGACGUGCACAAUGGUGAGAAAUAUGGCAGAAUCAUACAAGAAAUUCAGCAAAGCCUCUUUCAGCGUUGGGAACAACUCAUUAUAUAUUUUAACUAACUUGCAAGCAUCAAGGUAAGAAUUUUGCUCAGCAGCAGCAAGCUGUCAAUUCAGGAGGAUUGUUGCUUGUUAACACGUUACAAGCAAUGUAUUCGCAUAGAUAGAGGAUUGGUUAACUAACAGGAAAGAAAGAGUGGGGAUAAAUGAGUGCUUUUCUGGUUGGCGAUCAGUGAGUAGUGGAGUACCUAAGGGAUCAACAUUGGGACCACAAUUGUUUACAAUUUACAUAGAUGAUUUGGAGUUGGGGACCACGUGUAGUAUGUCAAAGUUUGCAGAUAACACUAAGAUAAGUGGUAGAGCAGAGUGUACAGAGGACUCUGAAAACUUGCAUAUGGAUACAAAUAGUUUAAGUGAGUAGGCAAAAGUCUGGCAAAUGGAGGGCAAUGUUGAUAAAUGUGAACAAGGUCAGAAAUCACAUGACACAAUAGUCCAACAGGUGUAUUUGAAAAUACAAGUUUAAUUGCAGCAUGCUGCUAUGCAGAGGGGCCUACUACCCUUGUGCAUGAAUCACAGAAGGUUGGUUUGUCGGUGCAACAGGUAAAUAAGAAGGGAAAUGGAAUUUUGUCCUUCAUUGCUAGAGGGAUUGAGUUUAAAAGCAAGGAGAUUAUAUUUCAGCUGUAUAGGGUACUGGUGAGGCUACACCUGGAGUUUGUGUGCAGUUUUGGUCUCCUUACAUCAGAAAGAAUGAACUGGCACUACUGGAAUGCACAAGUGAUUCACUAAGUUGAUCCCAGAGUUGAGAGGGUUGAUGUCUGAGGAAAGACUGAGUAAACUGGGAUUAUGUUCAUUGGAAUUUAGAAGAAUGAGUAGGAACCUAUGGAAACAUAUAAAAUUAUGAAAGGAAUAGAUAAGAAAGAAGCAGGGAGGAUGUUUCCACUGGCGGGUGAAACUAGAACAAGAGGGCUUAGCCUCAGAAUUAGGGGAACAGGUUUAGGAUUGAAUUGAGGAGGAACAUCUUCACCCAAUGGGUUCUAAAUCUGUGGAGGUCCCUGCCCAGUGAACAGGUUGAGACUUCUUCAUUGAAUGUGUUUUUUUAAAGCUAAAAUAGAUAAAAUUUUGAACAGCAAAGGAAUUUAUAGUAGAGGGUGGAUAAGUGGAGCUGAGGCCAUGGAAAAAUCGGCCAUGAUCUUACUGAAUGUUGAAGUGGGCUCUAAGGGCCAGAUGGGCUAUUCUUGUUCCUGGUUCUUCUGUCCUUAUGUAACACCAUAUUUAUUAACACCUUAUUAAUUGCACAUCUCACCUUAUUAAUAUGCAGAAUCUACUGUACCAUCUGCGAUGAGCAAACUUGAUGCCAAGAAUUCUUGACAUGGAAGUCAGGCCAAGCACUUGGCAACUUCAGCUCACCACUUGCUUCAUAGGAUCUCCAUUUUGGACAUCAUACACUAACAUCUCAGGCCACUUUCCAUGGGCACUGGCUUCACAUGCCCCACAUUCAGGGAUAUUGGCUUCUGGCUAGCAGCCUCUAAGAACCUUUGUGGCACACUUCCAAUUCACUUACAGUUCAUAUCUGCAAUUCAAUGCUGCACUUCAGAACACAAUGGCAAGCCGUCAUUGUAAUGCAACAAGGACAUUCCAUGACCUGGCACAUGCAUCCAUCUCAUGAACAGGGCCAGGAUGCAUCUCUAGAUGGUUCACUUAGCAUUCAUUCAGUAAGUGCCUACCUGGAUGCUCACAGCAUCCCUUCCUUGCUUGUCCUUGCCUUUUUGUUCCUUGCCUCUCAGCUACAGAUAUCUGUGACAAUAAAACUAAUUCUAAUUCAGGUUCACAAUACUGCUGCAUUGUCAGAUUCCUCAGUAAAGACAAGGAGGAUAGCCUUUGGUCAGAGUGUCCUGGUCCAGUAAGUCAUGGGCAACUUCCAAUACCAAUUACAGGCUUGGACAUGGUCAGUCGGUUGCUCAAGGUAGUCAAAGUCAGGAUUCUCUCCUCAUAAGGGGUGAGGAACUGAAUAUGAGGCAGUUCACCACCUGUGUUGUGUCUUUCUCCUCUAUUGUGGACUGUUUUUCAUCCUGUAAUGAGAGAAGGAGCUAUUAAAAAAGAUGGAAGUAAGUGCACAGUUGCAACUUUUGGUAUAGGUGGGAAUGUGUCCCAAUCAAGUUGGGCAGCACAGAGGGCAGGCAUGGGUAAGUGCUUCAGGGUUUGGCAUAGGUGACAGCAAAUGAGGGAAGAUGUUGCAAGCAAUAGAGUGUGUUAGAGCAUAAGACUUGGUGGGACGUGGGUAUAGUAGCAGAACUUAUGCUGGCAGAGUAGAGAAGGUAUUUGCCUUCUUCCUACAUUGCUGUGCAUUACACCAGGUCGCAACCUUGAACCUCAUCAGUACUGUCUGGUGUUGUGUCCUCCACUGCAAAGGCAUCCCACCGCUGCACCACCCAUUUAGCAGGUACUCCAGGUCUGUGCCCAGAAAAUCGGGACACCGAUUCUGCCUUCUCUGCCAUAUCCAGAAAUCUUGCAGGGCAGCUCCAGAGUAAUAUUGUUUGUCCAGGGAUACAAUGGUCUUUAAAAAUGGUAUUGUUACCAGGGAUGCCACGAACAACUGGGAUGUCCUGGGACUAGUGAGCUAUUCUAGGAAUGGCAUGUGGUAGAAUGGGGCAAGAACUCAACGAGAGAGGCACCAUAGGGGAAGGUAGGUAAUUAAAUGAGGUGAGUUUUGUGAGAUGCAGUAAGAAAAACCUCAUGGACAAUAACCCCCCAUGAAAACUCAACAAACCCAGCAGCCAAAAAAAAUUCAGACCAACAUAAUAGUUAUGAUGAUUAAUCUGCUUCCCUGAGGGAAAGCUGAUCAAACUUCCUUAAUUUGUUCAGUGACUUGUGUUUUGCUAACAUGGGAAUUAAUUGACUCUAUCUUGAAUAUAACUGUCUGGCAAAGACAGUUUAUAACAUAUCAAAAAUUAAUUCCAGGCCAACCAGGUGAAAAUUUUGAAAUAAGUUAACAUUUCAUUAAAAAUCUUUGACAGCAGAUCAAUCUUUCUUUCAUAUACUGGUUGACCCACUGUACAUUUUCCUGCUGAACAUAUUGUCAGCUUGUUUCUGCCAUCAGCACACAAUUACAUUAAAAAUAAUGAGAAAGUUGUUUUUAUGUGCAUUGGACCAAAUGACUCUUGACAAGAUGUGGCAAUUAAUUUUCAGUUUUAAGAAAUUAAAUUGUUAUUGUUUUGGUCUUUAUAAACAUUUAAAUAUAACAUCAGUAAAUUAAACAGAUGUGUAAAUCAUUAGGAAAAUUACAACAUGAUGAUCUAGGAAUAUACAUAUAGCUAGUGAUUGCAUAUAAGGUCACGUCUUCAUUUAAGUUAGAGUUAAAAAUAUGCUUUUGCUAUUUAUCAAUAAAUGCAAAUCUUUGCUUAACAUACUGUUCUCUCAUAGACAUGUUUGAAACUGAACUUUUCGAAUACUAUGUUUUUUAUAAACUCAUUUCCUAUGGUAUUUGAUCUGAUGUUCAAUGAAACCCAUCUCUUACAGCUGUACAAUAUGUUAAAACUUACUUAAGGAAAGCUUGUGGUGUAUGAUUUAUAUUCCAGUUAUAUUGGUCAUGUUUAAUCAGUUAGUCUAAUGACAUAAAUCAUACAGAGCUUCAUAAUCUAAUAUUUAUAUAUAGUGUGUGUGUGUACAUGAGACAGGGUGGGGAAUGGAGCAGGGAUGGGAGAGAAGUGGUGAGAAACUAAUUUCCCUUUGCAUGUGCUGACUUAUAUAGACAAUAACCAUCAGAAAUAAGUAUUAUCUGUGUUAAUGGACUAAAAUGUAGGUGAUGCUUGUGCAGUCAAGAAUAAAUGUGUCCUUGCAUACAAAAUGCACUAGUAAAAGUUCACCCGAAACCUCUGCCUUAAAAUACAGUCAAAUUCAUGAAUUACAUUUGAUAACAUCAGAUAUGUAGCCUAUGUCCAAAAAAGCCAACAUUCUCAAGAAUAUAUUUUUCACAGGUUACAGAAAUUUGGCAGUACACAGUAAGCUACAGAUCCAAUAAGUGUCACAAAGCACAUCAAAGCCAUUCAAACCUCAAAUGGGCUCAAAUAUAACUGAAGCAUUGAGAAGUUCAGAAGAUACAAGGGUUUCACUUUAGAGGAAACGGUAUUCUACUUUUUAGCAAAGUAGUCCUAAUGUACAUUUUGGGUUUUUGAUGUUCUGGUGGAUGAUGUGGGGAGUAUCUGAAAAACUUCAUACCUUGAGGAAUACAAUAAAAUUCAGUAUGAUAUGCUUCCCCUUAACAAUAAUGUAUGCCUUAUGCAAAAAGUUAGUUAAUGUAAAUAAUUAGCAGAGAGCCUGGUAUGAGUAGAGAAUAUUAAUAGAUGAAAAUAUUUACUUAUAUGUAGAAUGCUUUAUAAAUUCCACAACUAUGCCUUUGGUUAUUAAACAAAUUACAAUGUAUUUCUUCCCAACUAGUUAACAUGCUAACAUUGAAAAAAUUGAUUUUCUAAAUGUAGUGACUGUUGCAUUUCAAGUUUUAGGGAAAAAUGGAAAUAGUGUGAUAGGAUUUAUUAUAAUUUUGUCAAAUCAGUUAUUCUCUGUCAUGCUACAUGAAGCAAACAGAUAAUGUAAUAUGAAUUUCAGAUUAUCUGUAGGACUUCAAAGGAUAUUAAGAUCAUUUUUGACAUAUUAUACAUAUUUAUAAUUGAUAAUGGCUUUUUAAACGGAGAAUGAUCUAUAUGGCAUUAUGCAUUACUUAUGUGUGAAGAAUCCUUUUGCUAGUCUGUUGCGCAAGACUUCCAGUAUAUUGUGUAGAAGAUAUAUUUAUCUCGUGAACAGCAAUCUUUUUUAACUGCAGUAUUCUUUAGGCAAUAUGCAGUUGAUUGUAUCUUACAGUAACUCUAUCUAAUUUAGUAAAAAGCAGUAUUUUUGACUAUAAAACAGUACUGUUACAUUUCAACAAACACACAAAAUGCAGCUAAAAAUUGUUGAAUGUUUUACUACAAAGUGAAAAUUGCAAGAUUAUAGUUCUGCUUCAAAUAUUGUUUUGUUUCAUAAGCUUUCUAUUACAGAUGAUGUUAUUUUUAUUUCACCUCUGUUUCUGAAAUAUAUGUGUUAUUCCAUAAACAUGCGAGGUACCUGUGUUUAAAAGAAUUCCAGAUAGUGGUACUCUGUUCCUUUAAUGGUUCAUGGAUCAGGAGCCAAAUGCAACAAUAUGAAAUCAGCUGCAAAUGUUACUGUCAUCUAUACUCGUGAAUAAAAAUUACAAAAUAAGA